CCGUUUGACUCCCCUCUGUCUCCAAAUCGAACCUCCGCAUUCCUCAAUUCACCGUCAAGAUGUCCUUCUGGAAAGCCGCUGGUCUGACCUACAACCGCUACAUGGCCGUCGCUGCCCGUACGGUCCGCCGCUCUCUCAAGGAGGAGCCCCGUGCCGCCGCUGAGCGUCGUGGCCAGAUGGACCUGAAGUUCGCCAAGUGGGAGAACGGCAAGCAGGGUGAGGCCAAGUCGCUCGCCCAGAAUAACCAGGCCGCCAUGGCUGCUCAGGCCGAGAAAUAA